UGGGUCUUUUAUCUCAUAUAUAUUUAAAAUUUUAUUUUUAUUCAAAAUUCAAAAUACUGCUGAAAAUUUUAUCUUUUUCAAAAAAGGAAAUUUACCAGCAUUUUUUUUACACCAGAUUUGUUAUUAAAUUUUAUUUGUUACAAUUUCAAAAAAAUUUCUGUUUCAAAUUUUCCUGAAUAUCGAAACAUAAUUUUUUUAAAUUUUCGGGUAGCAGUCAUCAGCUGAUGACGAACACACAACAUUGUACCGGCACGUAUACACAAAACUCAUAUAUUUGAACCAAUAUGUUGAUAUUGCUGACAUAUUAAAGCAAACAAUUAUAUAUUUAUUCAAAACAAUACUUAUUUAUAUACACAAAAUAAUUAUGAACGUAUGGUUUUUAUUUAUAAUCCUAACGUUGGUUAUAACAACAAACUGUACGUUGUCACCACGUACUGAUAAGCCAAAAAAAGACAAAGGAAAAACAGAGAGCAAGAAAGGGCCAGUUGACAAUAAUGUGUUCGACCGAGAUCUAGUUGUUCAAGACCCCAAAAUUCAUGACAUCAUCAAACAAUCUGGUCUUUAUUACAAAGACACCAAGAAGAGACACUUCAAUAAUGACGUCCUGGGCUACAUAACUCCAUGGAACGGUGAAGGUCUUGAUGUAGCAAAGACAUUUCAUGGCAAAUUAACUCUCGUAUCUCCGGUAUGGUUCACUAUACCAAGUGCUGACAAAAUACAAAUUCCUACUCAUGAUGUACAGAAGAAGUGGCUCAAAGAUAUGAAAACUGCCAACGAAGGAAACCAUACUGUCAAAAUUCUACCCCGCGUUUUGUUCGAACAGUGGUCAGCAAGUGAUAUAUCUUCACUGAAUUCUGAUGUUCAAAAAAAAAAUCAACUAAUUUCUGCUCUCAGUGAAACAGCUAAAACAUUCCAGUUCCAUGGAUACGUACUAGAAAUAUGGAAUCAAUUUAUUUAUACAGGAGUUAAAUCAAAAGUUGUUGUAAAUUUAAUAAAAUCAUUAGCUAAGAGACUUAAGAAUAAAAACUUGCAAGUAAUUUUAGCUAUUCCACCAGCACAAGGACCUCCAGGGCAAAUAUUUUCACAAACUCAAUUCGAAGAAUUGUCACCUUUUAUUGAUUAUUUUUCGUUGAUGACCUACGACUUUUCAAGCGUCCAACGACCUGGACCAAACAGUCCCUUCGAAUGGGCACGUGAAUGCGUCGAAAAAUUAGUGCCCGACGACGACGACCCAAAACGAUCUCAAAUUUUAAUGGGCCUCAAUUUCUACGGGAAUAAUUACACUCCGGAUGGCGGCGGUGCCAUUUUGGGAUCCCAAUAUAUAAAAAUACUCGAUUCCUACAAAGGAAAAAUUCAAUGGGAUGAACAAAGCAAAGAGCACUUGUUUGAAUACCGAUCAUCAGCAGCCAGUGGUUACAUAUUUUAUCCCACACUCUAUUCACUUCAACAACGGAUUGAUUUAGCCCGAGAAUUAGGAACAGGAUUGUCCAUUUGGGAACUUGGACAAGGUCUAAACUAUUUUUACGACUUAUUAUAAUAU